CUGUUAAAUAGGCAGUGCGAGAGAAGAAGCCUUCCAGACAGUAAUCAAACGGGCAUAGUUAAACGUGAAACUGUGAGAAGUCUUAAAAAAAUGGAACGUUGGUCAGGUAAAGUAGCAUUAGUGACAGGAGCAAGUUCUGGGAUAGGUGCUGAAAUUGUCGCAGAAUUGGUACGAUAUAAUGUCAAAGUCGUUGCCAUUGAUAUACAAUUUAACAAGUUGGAGGAAUUAAAAGCUCAAAUGGAAUCAUUAAACUUACCGGGCACGAUUUAUCCUAUGAAAUGUGACCUCACUAAAGAAGAAGAAAUUUUAAAUGUUUUCAAAUAUAUUCAAAAGGAACACGAUGAAGUUAAUAUUCUUAUUAACAAUGCCGGUGUCGUUUUCAACGAAAAAAUUCUUGAUGACAAAACGGAAAACUUUCGUAAUAUUAUGGACGUUAAUGUGAUCGCAGCUGCUAUUUGCACAAGAGAAGCUGUUAGAUUAAUGUCCAAAUCAAAAAAUCAAGGACACAUUAUCAAUAUUAGCAGCAUUUGUAGCCGUAAUGCAGGAAACAUAAAAUUACCACUCAGUUUAUAUCCAUGCAGCAAACAUGCUUUAAGGGCUAUGUGCGAUAAUGUUCGUAAUGAAAUCCUGAAUGAUGGAUUAAACAUUAAAAUUUCGAAUAUUAGCCCUGGUCUUGUGAACACUAAUAUGGUUAAACUUUUCAAUGUACAUCCAAAAAUUUUGAGCAAACUGGCAAUGUUAUCAACAAAGAAUGUUACUGAUGGAAUUAUUUAUGCAUUAGCCAGCCCAAUUAAUGUUGAAAUUAAUGAAUUAGUAAUUACAUCUUUGCACGAGGUUAUACCUGCUAAAAUUUAAUAUUAAAUUAUGUAAAAAUACAUAUUUUAUGUAUAAGGAAAUAUCUUUAGGUAAUGAUGCCACACUAAACAUUUAAAAACAAAUUUAAAUUAAUAUUAUAUAAUAAAA